UCAUAGUUCACGCUCAGACGUUGUCCAACGCGGACUUGUUUUAUUAAUAACUUUACGUAAACGCAUUUCCAUAAGAGUUCAUCUCAUUUAAAAUUUUAAUUCAAACCAGUAUUAUAAACAAAUUAAGUGCAAAUGUUUAAUUUAAAGAUUUAAAGCACGCCUAUUGUAUUAGAAAUAUAUUGUUGAUAUUUAUCGACAAAGAAAUUUAAACUAGUUUUGAAAUAGAAUAACACUAAUAAAACUAGUUCAACUUUUUAAACAAAAAAUGUCGGAAAAUGACACGAUUUUCAACACGGCGAUGAGUUCUUUUCCAUUCGUUGACAAUGGACGUAUAAAUACGCAAGAGUUUCUAGAUGCGUCGAAAGGUGUAAGCCUCCUUGUAGAAAAGUUCGGCACGGUUUUCACUCCCAUAACAUACGAUUUAAAUCAAAAUAUAACAAAGAUUGAAACGAAAUUUUUGGAAAACAAAGAAAAGUUUAAAUAUUUAGACGACUUAGUCAUAGAAGAAAGCAAGACAAGUUCCAUUGUUGUAACAGAUGCUUUACAAUGGCUUCGAAGAGGAUUACACUUUAUGUGGCACUAUUUUGAUUUGAUUUUAACAAAUGAAAAUGGUAAUUCAUCGGAUUGGAUGAAAAUCGCUUAUGAGAGAACGCUUAAAAUUUAUCAUGGAUGGAUGGGACAAACACUUUUUAACAUUGUAGUAAAGUUUGCUCCAUCACGCAACGAUUUAUUCCUGGUUUUUGCUCUCACACAAAAAGGCAAAGACGAAUUGGUCAAAAGCCAUAUGCGGCAGUUUUUAAUCAACUUGAAAAUAUGCAUCGAUCAUUUAAUACAAUUCUAUCUCGCACAUGGUCUCGAAUGCAGCGAUCGCGUUUAAUAAUAAACCAUCCAAUCUUUUUACUGUUUCUCUAGAAGAGUUUUAAUUAUUUAAGAAUCUACAUCCACAAGUUGGUUAUAAACAAAUCAGUUUGUAGAAGCUUAAGCGUACCAUUUGUAUACAAUCGUGUUCAUUUACAUAUUGCACAUAAGCAAUACACUGAUAAAGUUUAGUUUCAACAAACAUUGCACACAAUGGCACAUGCAAUCAUUAAUUUAAUCUUGUUUUAUUUCACCAGCCGGCUGGUGCCCGGGUACACCUUGAUUAGAAUUGCGCAGUUUUAUGAUACGAUAAUAAAUGGCUUGUUGUUUCGAUGUGUACGUUAGUCCUCGGUAGCCACUAAUCACCUGCGUCGUCAGAAGUGUGCACAUUGUUGAUUGCACGACUAUGUCCAGUAUAUUCAGGCGAAAAUGUGGAUUGAACAAGAGGAAACACUGAAGUGGCAGUUGCAGCAAAACAGAUAACAUCCAAAAUCCAGCCAGUUCUGGUAUCUACAAUGUAUUAAUUAAUUAAUUAAUGUUAACACUUAAUAAACAAAUCUUUUUUAUAUUAAUAA